AUGUCUUGCCGGCAGCAGUUAGGAUCACACAGCUAUGAUGUCAAUUCUUCGGAGCGACAAGUUCACAUUGCUCGCAAUGCUGGUGCUUGCGAUAUCCAUGUUCUCACCUGCAUUGCCACGUUGGGAUGGAAUACUACUGCUGUCAGUGGCAUUACCAAACCUCGAGUCACACAUUUGAUGCUUAUGGUGACGUUCCGGGUCUCGAGUAUUAUGUCGCCCGAUUUUAGAAGGAAAACAGUGAUUAGCUGA